GGUUAUGGCACUCGGUUGGUCGGCGUCAGACAAACUGAAAAUCCAAGUGAGUGCUGCGCACAGCGAAAAUUCAUCAUACCAUAUCAUUAUCAACAACCUCAACUUCUCAUUAUUCUAAGCUCCAUAAACCUCACUUCCAAUCUUUCUCAAAAACCCAGAUCUGAAUUAGUGGAUUCCACAAGUUUUGUCGAUCCAUUUCACUUUUCAACCUCCAUUCUCGCUCUAAGCCUUAAGCUCCGGCUUUGUUCGUGAACAUUUGUCGUCGUUCAAGAUAGAUUGGGAUUGGAUUAUACAGGAACAAUGCAAAUGCCAAAAUCCAGAUUAAACUUAUCAACACAAGAAGCAUUGUCGACAUCCCCAAGAGCAAGGGAGGUUGAAGGUCCUUCAAGAUGGAGUGAAUACUUGAAUCAAGAAAUGGGCACUCCAAUGCCUUCUAGAACCUCCCGGAAUAAUGGAUCAGAAGUAUCAUUCCAGCUUCCUGGAGUAUCUCACAAGGGAUUAAAUGUUCAAUGGGUAUAUCAACUUACCCAAGUUGCACAAGGAUUAAUGGCCAAAAUCUAUAGAUUGAAUCAAAUCCUGGAUUAUCCAGAUUCAGUAAAUCAUGUAUUUUCUGAAGCAUUUUGGAAAGCAGGUGUCUUCCCAAAUUGCCCAAAGAUUUGUAUCCUGCUUUCAAAGAAGUUUCCAGAACAUCAUAGUAAACUGCAACUUGAACGUGUUGAUAAAGUUGCUUUGGAUGCUUUAAAUGAUCAAGCUGAAGUUCACUUACAAAGCUUGGAGCCAUGGAUUCAGCUACUACUUGAUAUUGUGGCAUUCAGAGAACAAGCUUUGCGACUCAUAUUGGAUCUUAGCAGCACUGUUAUUACCCUGUUGCCACAUCAGAACUCUCUUAUCUUACAUGCAUUUAUGGACCUCUUUUGUUCAUUUGUUCGUGUCAAUCUCUUUGCUGAGAAGUUACCAAGGAAAAUGAUGAUCCAAAUGUACAACCUUUUCCAUGCUAUUUUGAGAAAUGAUAGAGACUGUGAUUUUUAUUAUAGAUUGGUUCAAUUCAUAGAUGCAUAUGAUCCACCAUUAAAAGGGUUGCAUGAAGAUCUGAAUUUUGUUAGUCCUCGCAUUGGAGAGGUUCUAGAAGCUGUGGGUCCCAUUAUAUUUUUGUCUACAGAUACACGAAAGCUUAGAAACGAGGGUUUUCUUAGCCCCUUUCAUCCCAGAUAUCCUGACAUUCUCACAAACUCUGCACAUCCAAUGAGAGCUCAAGAUUUGGCAAAUGUAACUUCUUAUAGAGAAUGGGCACUAUUUGGCUAUCUUGUUUGUCCUGAUGAGCUUCUUAGAGUAACCAGCAUUGAUAUUGCUAUGGUUGUAUUGAAGGAAAAUCUAGUUCUUACUUUAUAUAGAGACGAGUAUAUAUUGUUGCAUGAGGAUUAUCAGUUAUAUGUAAUGCCACGAAUAUUGGAAUCAAAGAAAAUGGCAAAAUCAGGGCGUACAAAGCAAAAAGAAGCUGAUUUGGAAUAUAGUGUUGCAAAGCAAGUUGAGAAAAUGAUAAGUGAAGUGCAUGAUCAAGCAAUUGUAUCAUGUGAUGCUAUUCAUCAUGAAAGGAGAAUAUUAUUAAAGCAAGAGAUUGGAAGAAUGGUUUUGUUUUUCACUGAUCAACCGAGUUUAUUAGCUCCUAAUAUUCAGAUGGUAUUUUCUGCAUUGGCAUUGGCACAAAGUGAAGUGAUAUGGUAUUUUCAACAUGUUGGAAUUAAUUCAUCAAAAUCCAAAACCAAUCGUAUAGUUGCUGUAGACAUAAAUGCAAAUGAUCCCACAAUAGGAUUCUUGUUGGAUGGAAUGGAUCACUUAUGCUGUCUAGUACGCAAAUACAUUGCAGCUGUGAGAGGGUAUGGUUUAUCCUACCUGUCAUCUUCAGCGGGCCGCAUCCGGUUCCUACUGAAUACACCUGGCAUGGUGGCUCUUGACCUGGACACCACUCUAAAAGGACUCUUCCAAAAAAUCGUUGACCAUCUUGAAAAUAUUCCAAAACCACAGGGUGAAAAUAUCUCUGCAAUUACAUGUGAUCUUUCAGAAUUACGUAAAGACUGGUUAUCGAUUUUAAUGAUUGUUACAUCUGCACGUUCUUCAAUUAACAUAAGACAUUUGGAGAAAGCAACCGUGUCUACUGGAAAAGAAGGCUUGUUAUCUGAAGGGAAUGCUCUAUACAAUUGGUCAAGAUGUGUUGAUGAACUUGAAUCACAGCUUUCAAAACAUGGGAGUUUGAAAAGGCUUUAUUUCUACCAUCAACAUCUUACAACUGUUUUCAGGAAUACCAUGUUUGGACCUGAAGGACGCCCCCAACAUUGCUGUGCAUGGCUUGGUGUUGCUAGCAGCUUUCCUGAAUGUGCUUCUACAAUUGUUCCAGAAGAGUUAACUAGAAUUGGUCGAGAUGCUGUUUUAUAUGUUGAGUCACUCAUUGAGUCAAUCAUGGGAGGAUUGGAAGGGCUAAUCAACAUUCUUGAUUCUGAAGGAGGUUUUGGCUCUUUGGAGACACAGCUUCUUCCAGAACAAGCAGCAAUUCUAAUGAACUUGACAUCCAGACUUUCUAUUCCUUCAGCAAAAUCCCCAAGGGUAUCUGGUAUACAUUUGCCAGGCUAUGAAAGCUACCCUGAAAAUAAUAAUUCCAUUAAAAUGUUAGAAGCUGCCAUGCAGAGGUUAACAAAUCUUUGCUCAGUUUUGAAUGACAUGGAGCCUAUCUGUGUUCUAAAUCAUGUAUUUGUCUUGAGAGAGUACAUGAGAGAAUGCAUCCUAGGAAACUUCAGAAGGCGUCUGCACACCGUAUUAAAAUCAGACACAGAUCUUCAACGCCCCACAGUUCUAGAAUCCCUAAUCCGUAGACACGUCAGCAUAGUCCUAAUGGCGGAACAGCAUAUGAGCAUGGACCUCACACAGGGGAUCCGAGAAGUUUUGUUAACCGAAUCCUUCACGGGUCCCGUUUCAUCUCUCCACACAUUCGAUAAACCCAAUAACGAUCAACAAACGGGAUCCGCAAUCGAAGCUGUCUGCAAUUGGUACAUUGAAAACAUAGUAAAAGAUAUCUCAGGAGCAGGAAUCCUGUACGCGCCACUCCACAGAUGCUUCAAAAGCGCACGCCCAGUUGGCGGGUAUUUCGCGGAAGCUGUCACAGAUCUCAAGGAAUUACACGCUUUUGUAAGGAUAUUCGGUGGAUACGGAGUCGACAGGCUGGACAGAAUGCUAAAAGAACACACAGCCGCCCUUUUGAACUGUGUUGACUCGUCUCUUAGGGCAAAUCGGGAAUCUCUAGAAGCGGUUUCGGGCAGCAUUCUCUCGGGUGACCGGAUCGAGCGGGAAGCGAAUGUGAGACAGAUAAUCGAUGUGGAGACGGUGAUUGGGUUCUGUAUUCAGGCCGGGCAGGCUAUUGCGUUUGACGCGUUGCUGGCGGAAGCUUCCGGGGCGGUGCUUCUAGAAGGUGCACCGUUGAUUCAUUCGUUGUUGGCGGGAGUUGCAGGGAAUUUACCGGUGGAGGUGCCGGAGAAACGGGUGGUUAGGCGGAUGAGGAGGGUGGCGAAUGGUGUUGGGGUGGUGGUGGAUCAUGAUUCCGAGUGGGUGAGGGAGAUUUUGGAGGAGGUCGGUGGUGGGAGUGAUGCUUCGUGGAGUUUGUUGGCUUAUUUGUUUUCCACUUUUAUGACUUCGAGUAUUUGGAAUACUACUGCUUUUAAUGUUGAGACAGGUGGCUUCAAUACAAAUGUUCACUGUUUAGCAAGGUGUAUUUCUGCUGUGAUUGCGGGAAGUGAGCUAGUUAGGGUUCAAAGAGAACAUCAACAGAGACAGUUAUAUGCAAAUGGCCAUGCUGGCGACACGGUGGAAUCGGAAACGCCAGAUCAGCAGUCUGUCGAAUCAAACAUAAAAUCCACAAUGCAUCUCUUUGUCAAAAUCUCUGCGGGAAUUGCACUCGAUUCCUGGAACGAAAUCGACAGGUCUCAUUUGGUGGCAAAGCUAAUCUUUUUAGACCAAUUAUGUUCAAUCUCUCCAUACCUACCACGGACUUCACUCGAGCAACACGUCCCAUACGCAAUCCUACGUUCCAUUUACAGUCAAUACUACGGAAACACUCAUUCCAAUCCGAUGUCACUACUAAGCAUGUCCCCACGGAGCUCCCCGGCUCUAUCGAUGGGACAUUCCUCUCCGGUUGUCCGGAAUCCGUACGGUGAUUCCACUCCGCAAUCGGGCCAUGAUUCCGGUUACUUGAAUGAUAAUGAUAAGGGGCAUGGAAAAGGAAACGAUCAUAAACAUCGGAAUGGAAGACGUUCGGGUCCAUUGGAUUAUAGUUCGAGUCAGAAACUGAAGAAUGAAGGGUCGACAUCGGGAAGCAGAGGCCCGAGUCCACUCCCGAGAUUUGCGGUUUCGAGAUCGGGUCCCAUAUCGUACAAAUAGACGGGUUGGAGUGUAUUGUAGUGGAAAUUCAUGAAUGUGUUGUCUUGGUGUUGAGCUUUACUAUGAAUUGACAAUUGAUGAGUUUGUUUUUAUUGUUGAUCAAUGCUUUUUCCCUACUA